CUGUCUCACAAUGGCGGAAGCCCAUCAAGCAGUCGCUUUUCAGUUUACUGUAACUCCAGAUGGGAUUGAUCUGCGCAUGAGCCAUGAAGCUCUCAGGCAGAUCUAUCUGUCUGGGCUCUAUUCCUGGAAGAAGAAGUUCAUCAGAUUCAAGAAUGGCAUAAUCACAGGAGUCUAUCCUGCUAGCCCAUCCAGUUGGCUUAUUGUAGUGGUGGGAGUUAUGUCAACAAUGUAUGCCAAAAUAGAUCCUUCAUUGGGCUUAAUAGCAAAAAUUAACAGAACCCUUGACACAACCGGCUAUAUGACCAGCCAAACACAGAAUGUUGUCAGUGGGAUUCUUUUCGGGACAGGGCUUUGGGUGGCCCUUAUUUUCACAAUGCGCCAUACUCUAAAGAUGCUGCUUUCCUACCAUGGGUGGAUGUUUAAUGAACAUGGGAAACUUUCCACAGGAACCAAGAUAUGGAUGACACUGGUAAAACUUUUCUCAGGUCGUAAACCAAUGCUGUAUAGUUUCCAGACAUCUCUGCCACGUCUUCCUGUUCCAGCUGUCAAAGACACAAUAAAUAGGUAUUUGGAGUCGGUUAAGCCACUUAUGAAUGAUGAGCAGUAUAGAAGAAUGGAAGGUCUUGGCAAAGAUUUUGCGGUUACUUUGGGACCAAAACUACAGUGGUAUUUAAAGCUGAAGUCCUGGUGGGCUACAAACUAUGUUAGUGAUUGGUGGGAAGAAUACGUGUAUCUUAGAGGACGUGGCCCAAUUAUGGUUAACAGUAACUACUUUGCAAUGGAUUUCCUAUAUUUUACUCCCACCUCCGUGCAGGCAGCUAGAGCUGGCAAUGCUAUCCAUGCCAUCUUGCUUUAUAGAAGAAAACUUGACAGGCAACAGAUCCAGCCAAUUCUUCUGAUGGGAUCCACUGUUCCACUCUGCUCAGCUCAAUGGGAGAGGAUGUUUAAUGCCUCCCGUAUUCCAGGAGAAGAAACAGAUACCAUCCAGCAUGUAAAAGACAGCAAACACAUUGUCGUGUAUCAUAAAGGAUGCUACUACAAAGUGUGGCUGUACUAUGAUGGCAGACUAUUGACUCCGAGGGAGAUUGAACAACAGAUGCAGUGGAUUUUACAUGACAAAUCGGAGCCCCAGCCUGGUGAAGAGAAGUUAGCAGCUCUUACUGCAGGAGACAGAGUACCUUGGGCUAAGGCUCGCCAGACAUAUUUUGCCCGUGGAAAGAACAAGCAGUCUUUGGAUGCCGUCGAAAAGGCAGCUUUCUUUGUGACUUUGGAUGACACUGUUCAGGGUUACAGGGAAGAGGAUCCAGUGAUUUCAAUGGAUGCCUAUGCAAAGGCGCUUCUUCAUGGCAAAUGCUAUGACAGGUGGUUUGACAAGUCAUUCACUUUUGUAGUGUUCAGGAAUGGUAGAAUGGGCCUGAAUGCUGAACACUCUUGGGCAGAUGCUCCUAUUGUCGGGCAUCUUUGGGAGAAUGUCAUGUUUUCUGACUGUCUUGAAUUGGGCUACACAGAAGAUGGUCAUUGCAAAGGAGAAGUCAAUCCAGGCAUUCCUUUGCCUACCAGGCUACAGUGGGAAAUCCCUGAAGAGUGCCAAGAAGUGAUAGAGAUGUCCCUGGCCACUGCAAGGCCUUUAGCAGAUGACGUGGAUUUUCAUUCUUUUCCUUUUGAAACAUUUGGGAAAGGAUUGAUGAAGAAAACAAAAACUAGUCCUGAUGCUUUUGUACAGAUCGCACUGCAGCUUGCUCACUACCGGGACAUGGGAAAAUUUUGCUUAACUUAUGAAGCAUCUAUGACCCGCCUCUUCAGAGAAGGUAGAACAGAAACAGUUCGCUCAUGUACUAUCGAGUCAUGCAACUUUGUGCAAGCUAUGGAUGACCCAGCAGAAAGUCUUGAGAAGAAGUGUGCGCUAUUCAAGGCUGCUGCUGCUAAACAUCAGCUUUUGUAUCGUCUUUCCAUGACUGGUGCUGGCAUUGACCGUCAUCUCUUCUGUCUUUAUGUGGUGUCGAAAUAUCUUGCUGUUGAAUCUCCUUUCCUUAAGGAAGUUUUGGCAGAACCCUGGAGACUUUCAACAAGUCAGACACCACAACAGCACAUUGACCUGAACAAGAAUCCUGAAAUGGAGUCCAGUGGGGGUGGCUUUGGACCUGUUGCUGAUGACGGUUAUGGUGUGUCGUAUAUUAUUGUGGGUGAGAAUCUCAUCAGUUUCCAUGUAUCCAGCAAGUUUUCUUGCCCAGAAACAGAUUCUCAUCGCUUUGGAAGCAACAUCAAGCAGGCUUUGUGUGACAUCAGAGAUUUGUUUCAUCUUGGUAAAAACUCUACCAAGUGACUUCCAACCAGCAGGUCAACUAGUCACCCUAUGUUGGGUGUGAGAACUCUUCUGAUCAGUGAAUGAAAGAAAACAAGGCAUACUAAACAGCAUUUGGAGAGUCCAUUUGGCCAUAAUCCAUUCAGGGAUAUAUACAGAAGUAUUUAGUCUUGGGAAA